AAACCUUCAACAAUAAUCUUGACAAUUCAAAAGAAACACUUUCAAUUUGGGGACUAAAAACAGAAAUCAAAAAAAAGGAAAAAACUAAUUGCACCAAAGUUCAACAAAAAAAACUAUAAAAAUGAACACAAGAAAAGAAAAGCGGGGGUUUCGGAUGCAAGAUCCGAACCCCCUAGGGUUAUUACCCUUUGGUGUUAGCUCUGAUUUUCUUCUUGAUUGGUGGUGGUUCUCCGCAGCGCCUCCCUCAAUUUAUAGGUGCGAGAAUCGCUUCUUCCGUCUAGGGUUAGGACUUCCUUGUGCGCUGCAAUUCUUGCUACGGUUUCUCCGGCUCCAGCUGUGCUUGAAGAAGCCGUCCCAACGUAGGAGAGAGAGUCUUCGGCUCUUCUAUCUCACACGUCUCUCUCUCUUUUUUCUCCUUUUUUUACGCAGCUUUUCUCAACUUAUGAGGUGGACCUUUGGGCUUUGUCAUCUUGGGCCUGGAUUUCCUUUGAGACCAUAAGUCGGGGUAGAGCCCA